CAUUCGGAUGUGUAUGUGCUUGUGUGCGUCUGUUCUUUUGUAUGUGUGUCAAUCGGUGUUAAUCGCUGAGUGCACAAUGGGAUUAGACGGGUGCUUUUGGUCGAGGGAGAGUCUGACUUUCUAAAUCUCAGUAGUCAGCUGACCGCAGAGAACAGGGUGUUGCAAAGAACGGGACCACAAACUUUGCACUUCUGUUGUUUCAAAAAGCGACAAAAUUUUGGUUGAAAUUACAAGUAUUUUGAAGAAUGACAAAAUUGUUUUAGAUCACAUUUGUUUUCAGGGAAUGUAUCUUUAUUUUGCUUUCCCUAUUGGCAAAUGGUAUUGUUUUAUUUUAGACGUAAUCGUAUUACUUUAAUUUAAGCUUCAAACAAUAAUAAAUAGUUUGAAAAUUGUGUGAAAAAGAUAGCCGCUAUGGAGAGCCUUUUGACAGAGAAGUUAUCUUAAGCACGGGAAAAAUCGUUUUGUUGUUUGUUGUUAAUGAGACAGAAUGGGCGAGGUGUCCGAGUUCAUAGCAACAUAGAGACGGCUAAAAAUACAGGACCUGCUGUUUUAGGAAUCCCUGCAGCGUUUGUCUGAUGGGGAUUAUUCUAUGAACGUCUGGAUCUCGUCUCUGAUAGCUGAUGUCUGAGAGCAUCGCCAUGAGGAUGACAGCCCUGUUCAGAGGGAGACGGCCUCAGGAAGCCUCCCCCAGAAGUCGGACACCUGCGGCCCACCCGCCCAGUCCGGAUGAAGAAGACGACGAUGAGGAAACGUUACACGGCAGAUCUCCAAUUCGCAGGAACUCACGGUUUUACCGCUCAAUGAGAAGAACGAGGUUGGCUGCAACUUCAGAACAAGCACAAAGCCCCGCCCCUCCAAACCCAGCAGUUCACCCCGCCUCCUCCAACAGGCUCAGCCCCUCUAUGGUGUAUAAAUCUCCUCUCUCUCCCAGAACGCAACAUCCACCUUCUCGCUCUGGAAUCUCGUUGCCAAGCAACGGAAGUGCUGUAUUGGGAGGAGCUCGGUCUCGGUCUCCUUUGGCGACGCCAGGGGAUUCGUCGCGUAGACAAGACAUGGAAGAACUGAGCGAGCGGACGAGUAGAGCCUGCACCGUGCGGGACAAUGACAUGCACACCGCCGACCCCGACAACAUCAAACUGAGGAUAGUGAGGAAUGGUGACAGUCCGCACAAGAUGGCAGUGGAGAAUUCUUGCCGCAAUCUCAACAUCGUGAAGAACGUCGAUGUUUUGUACCAGGAGUACCGUGACACUUCUAAGCAGCAGGAGAUCGAGCAGAGGCGACAGAGAGAUGGGCUUCCCGCUGCAGGGUCAGGGGUCGUGGCUGCGCCUGCGUUACAGCUGCAGCUCAGGAACAGUUCGCAUUCACUGAGCCUCUGGCAAAACCUGGAGGCCGUGAAGGAUAGUGGACUACUGCAAACACUGGAACCAAAAGAGAUCAUUGUGCAGGAGGCGAUGUUUGAGCUGGUGACCUCAGAAGCGUCGUACUACAAAAGUCUGGAGCUGUUAGAGACCCAUUUUCUCCGCAACCCUCUUCUUGUCAACACCUUGAGUCAGUCAGACAUGCACUUCCUGUUUUCAAACAUUGAGGACAUCAUGAAGGCAAGCGAGAGGUUCCUCAUGGAUCUGGAGCACAGGAUCGAAGAGUCCAUCUUGAUCUCAGAAGUGUGUGACAUCGUUCAAUAUCACGCCGUCAACCACUUCCAGGUCUUCAUCAGCUACGUCAUCAACCAGGUGUACCAGGAGAAGAACUACAGACGGAUACUACAAGAAAAUUCUCUUUUCCGGGAGAAUAUGUCCAUCCUGGAGAAUCAACCAAAGGUGAAGGGCCUCUCUUUCACGUCCUUCCUCAUUCUUCCCUUCCAGCGAAUCACACGGCUCAAACUACUUGUUCAGAAUAUUCUCAAGAAGGUGGAGGAGAAUUCAGAAAGAGAGAAGUCUGCGAUACUGGCACAUCAGGAGUUGGAAAGGAUCGUGAAGGAGUGUAAUGAAGGAGUGAGGAAGAUGAGUCGUACUGAGGAGCUGAUCAGCAUUGAGAAAACACUUGAAUUCAAGUCAAAGUCAGUGCCUGUGAUUUCACAUUCACGCUGGCUUCUGAGGAAGGGUGAAGUCCAGCUGAUGUCAGGACCCAAGAGCACUAGGACCAUGCGCAGCCGCAGACUUUACCAGCCCAUUUACCUGUUUCUCUUCAAUAACCUGCUGCUCAUCACCAAACGCAACUCCAGUGGAGAGAAGUACCAGGUUCUGGACUCCAGCAGUCGCUCCAUGUUGAGGACAGAAGAUCUGGAGGAUCAGGGUCAGAUGCUGGCCUGCACAUUUGUGCUGAAACUACUGGAGAAUCAGGAAGAGAGAGAAGUCAGCUACAUGCUCAAGUCUGAAAGCAUGAGCGACAAACUGCGCUGGAUCUACGCUUUGACUCCAAACCGCCGCACAAGAUUCCUCUCGACCAGUGCUCACCAACCAGAUUCUCCUCAGGUACAGUGUAUUCAGUCGUACUCCUCACAGGAACCGGAUGAGCUCUCUGUAGAAAUGGCCGAUGUGCUUCACAUUCUGGAGUGUACAGAUGACGGGUGGAUUCUGGGUGAGAGGUUGCACGAUGGAGAGAGAGGCUGGUUUCCCAUCCGUGUGGUGGAGAGGAUCAUGAGCGCUGAAGUCCGGGCUCAAAAUCUUAAAGAGUGUCAACGCAUCCAACAAGCUCAGGAAGGAGCGCAGGGGGCCCGAGCCGCCUCUAGGGGGCGACGAACGGCUAAAAGUCCCCAGUACACUCCAAGUUGGACCGACCUGUAGAUAAGGAGCUGGAAAUGACAUCACGUUGACGUUACCAUUUGUUCGCUUAUUCCUGAUCCGGUAACCUGGAAAUGAUGCCACCUAGAUGUCGGGGUAGCACUGGAUUGUACCAAGAGUCAAUCUGUGUCCAGUGUUUAUCAAAUACGUGUCCGGUGUCACAUUAAAGACUUGGUAGAGUCUUGGAAGAGCUUUUGCACUAUAAGCACUUGUGUUUUUCAAAUCGCUGCUUCCAUACAGUCCUAACACGCUGUUGGCAUGAAGGAUUUCAACUUUAGCUAUCGCAAACAGGGACUUUCUAAAGUUUGCACAUUUGAGAUGAGCCGAGAACAGAAGGGAGGGGAUAUAGAAGAAGGUUAAUGCUACGGCAGGACUUUUGUAAAGUCAUUAUGCUUCUCUGGAAAAGGAAUGUUUGCGCAGGGUCACACCUUUACUGACAAUACAGGUUUAUAUUCUUUAAACCUCUGAGGAUUAUUUGGUGUACUGUAAGGAUCUCAUUUUUCUCCCAUCCGCAUGAAGAACAACGUUAAUAAACUGCACAUAUCUGGCUUCUGGAAUGACAUUUGUGUUUGUGAAACAUAAUGUUUGUGCUACAUAAGAGUUUGACACAUUGUACAGUCACACACAAACACAAUAAAAAACACUCACUUAAACACAGACUUGUAAUUUUGCUAAUCCAGUCAAACACUGAUCUUUUCCAACAGAGAAUGUAACUUCCACGAGAGAUGUCUCUCGCUGCUCUGGUGGUUUUGUAAGUUUUGGUGUGUGUGCAUGUGAAAACUUUUUAUGUGGUGUAAUGUAAUUGCCAAAUAAUUGUCCCAUUUCAUUUUGUAAAGCUAUAUUUAUUGUUAAUGAAAAUAAAUCUUGAAUGUUAAGACCCAGUCUGACCUCAUCUAAUAAAUGAUGAACCCCAGCAUGAGAAAGACUGUUGUUCUCUGUUUA